AUGGGGGCUUCACAGUCGAAGGAACGCAUCAGCAGGUUUGGACUUAGGGAGCUCCGCCUAAGCAGCUCCCAGGGGAGGCGACCACGCUUGCUACCCGCCGCUGAUUCUAGCGGCGAUUCGGACCGUCUGCAGGAUAAAGGCCGCAAAAGGCCAUUACGUAAGAGAAGAGGCCGUCGCAAGAGCAUCCAGAGAGCCUGGCUGUGUUACAGGGGACGCACUCUCGCCCCAACGUUUACUGAAGGACAAAUUGGUAGCACUGUCCCGAUGCCCUGGCUAGACAAGCCUCAGCGUGGAAAUUCCGCGUCUCCCCGUGAGGAGCCCUUUGUAGAAGAUCAGCGCCUUGCCAGUGGAACUGAUACGGUGAAUGCAGGUUGUAGCGAUACGGGACCACGGUGUGUGGAGCGCUGUGAAGAACAAGCGGAAUUCGCAGCUCGCCCUUGGCAGGUUUCGACCUACUCACGAAAGGGAGGCCCGUUAUGUAUGGCAUAUGCAAAGUGUCUGGAUGUAAUGGAGGAAGAUGUCGUUGCCGCGUUGAUCCACCACCCCUCGCCUGACGAGGCACUUGGCUUGAUGUACAUUUGCUGCUCUCCAGCUCCGCUGUCUGUUGAGCCCACCCUAGAGCCCAGCGCCGACGUUUUGGGAUAUGUGUUUCCUGGGACGUGUUUUAAGGUACUCGACGUAAGAGCGCAUAUCGCACAGAUGUCUUACCUACUGCGUCUGAAGACGGCUGAGGGCUGGGUAACAGGAGCAUCCUUGCAGAUGAUCCGCCUACCUCAGCCUCCUCGCGUGACAGGGUGGAAGACCACACAUGAAGAGGCCGUUGCUGCUAAGCCUAGUCAACGCGGCUCGACUACCGGAAAGCCUUCUGUCUCCAUUACAACUCAGCAACAAGCGGGGGACCUCAACUCUUUUCAUUGUCGUGCUAAGUGUGGUUCUUUUACAGAAGAUAUUCAUCCAACGAUAGAUGGGGGAGCAGUAACGGAUGGAUCAUCUGAACUCGAGGAGAGUCCGUCGACUGGCUGGGGUACUGUGUAUGCCUGCCGUGCCACUCGGUUUCUCAGCUUCCAGGAGUGUUUAAUGCUAGCAGAAGAACGCACAAGCUAUAGUAGUCUGAACAAAUUGACUUCGGCGGCCACCAUGCAAAAAUUUGAAGCAGCUUUACAAAAGGCAACCACACGCCACUUCCCGAACGCAGGCAGCAGCUUUGAAAGAAGCAAUUUUUGCACCACGAGAACAGAAGGCACGCGUUUUGAUUCAAGCCGAAUAGUUACAAGGAACAGCAUACGCAGUGGUGGUCUCAGUCCACUGGAGCAUUCUUUCAUGCUCUUCCGUGUUGUAGGUUCCCGUGCUGUACCAAUAAGCGCAACUCCUCACUUGGGAUCCCGCAUAGUCGGACGCCUCUUGCGUAGGCAAGUUUUUCCUGUUCUGGACGCGUGCCUGGUGUGCUGUGUUCCGUCAUGUGGCCGACCGGGGACGGGUAACGACUGCAUCAUCGCGGGCUUGGGCACGUUAGGAGCGGGUGAAAGUGAUCUCUUGCAUGCAGUACCUACUACCCGCUUGUGCGGCAAAAAGUCAAAGCGAAAUCUGUGCUACUUCACCCGCAACAGGCGAGUGCACCUGCGUGUAUGCACGGACAAGGGUUGGGUGACUCUUGACCGGCUCAUAGAGCGAGUAGAUGAGUGUGAGACUAUAUAUGACCGGCCUGUCCUCUACGAAAUUGUAGCCGAUGGCUACCUGGUUAACGUGAGGCCAGCACUUGAAAUAGAAGGUCAGGUUCGUCGCACGCUGCCACCAGCCACUUUGGUUGAAGUCUAUGAAAGAAAAAUCAACGCAGAGGGUCUCGUACGCCUGAGGCUCAUUGAUGGAUGGAUAAAUGAGCGGAGAAAAAGCUCUGGGGAGACAGGAUUUCUCUUCGCCACUCGUACAGUAGAUCGGCGUGUAGAGACAUUUUUGCGACAUAUUAUGGCUGUCGUCGUUCUCCUGCCCGCGCUGUGCAGCAGUGACAGUCGUGUCCGCACAGCAGCGGCCUCCUGGGUUGCAGCAACUGUAGCCCAGUCCGCUAUCGCCGCCUCUGCUUUGAUGGAAGUAGUCGACACGGACCUCGUGGAGUCGGCGAUAAGGCCGUGCUCCUGUUGUUACUGCAGAGGCUUGAGCGUUCAACGAGACCAAGGGAACCGAGUGACAUUUAGGUCCAAUCGACCAGCGUCGGUUUGUAGCAGUAGUCAACGACAUGGGGAUUGUUGUUUCGUCUCUCCAAGAGGUACUGCCUUAUGUGUGAACAAAGUAACCGGGGGCUCGCCGGGAAAUAACCUGAAGAGUGGCCGUGAAACGCGGCCCAGCGGGGAUAAUUCACAUCAGAGCGACGCAAUUCCGGCGUUAUCUUCUCCACCUAGUCAGUUGAAAGUCAAGGACUUGCUGCUAGCAGAGUCUCCAGUGAUGGAGUCUCCAAGCUCCUUGGGCUCAGCGUUGCCAAAUCCUGGAACUCGUUUAGGGGAAGAUGACAGAAGUAACACCUUCGCAUCAAUCGGUUCUGGAGUUGGCUUGGUCAAUGUGCACGCGGGAACGCGGGGUAAUGAUUGCAGUGUCGGACGCUGCCACAGAGGGAGAUGCAUUUUUGAAGACAUAGAAACCAUGCAUAACUGCAUUGAUACUUGCCGUAAUAAUGCUAGAGAUUUCAAGAAAUCAACAUGCCCUUGGGACACACUUUUUUCCCUAAUUAAGGUAUCGUCCCACUGCACCGCGCGGAAGUGUGGCUGCUGCUUGGGACGGGCAGUUGCCGGCCCAGUUUGA